GCACCUUUUUGACCCUCAUCCCUAAAACUGACAACCCAAAGAGAUUUGAAGAUUAUAGGCCAAUUUCUCUCUCCACUUUCAUGAGCAAAAUAAAUACCAAACUGCUUGCAAACAGACUCAACACAAUUCUGCCCAAACUUAUCUCUAAGGAACAAGAAGCUUUUCAAAAAGGUAAAUCCAUAGAUGACCAUGUCCUCAUGGCACAAGAAGCUGUCCAUCUUGACAAAAAGGUGUUUGGGGGUAAUCUUAUUCUAAAGCUUGACAUGGAAAAAGCUUUUGAUAAACUUGACUGGGGCUAUCUUGAAGCUUUACUUAAAGCUUUUGGUUUCACCAAUCUCUCAACAGCUCUUCUAAUGGCUAAUCUUAAAGGGUCCUUUUUCAGCAUUCUUCUCAAUGGUGAACCUACGGGAUACUUCAAAAUGGAGAGGAGGGUCAAACAAGGAGACCCCCUCUCCCCUCUUUUAUUCAUCCUUGCAGCAGAGGGAUUCAGCAGACUCAUAAAUCAGCAAAUGGACUCAUCACAUCUCCUCAGAUUUAACUCAGGACAGGUCAAAUUCCCUUCCCACCUUAUUUAUGCAGAUGAUAUUAUGAUUUUUUCCAGGGGUGAUUCAAGAAACCUCCUCAAACUCAAAUUCACACUUGACACAUACCUCAAGGCAUCAGGACAGGAGAUCAACCUAAAUAAAAGUAAAUUCUACACCUCCAAAAAGACAACCACCUUACAGAUUCAACAUAUAGAGAAGGCUAUUGGAAUCAGUAGAGGCAAACUCCCUUUCACCUACCUGGGAGCACCUAUUUGUCAUGGGAUUCUGAGAAAAGAACACUGCAAGGACAUCAUGGGACAUUUUGAGAAACACAUCGACUCCUGGUAUAGCAAAACCUUGAACCAAAUGGGCAGACUUAUCCUUAUCCAGCAUGUUCUUUCUUCAAUCCCAUUACACAUUCUUGCUGUGCACACCCUUCCUAAAUCAAUCAUCCAUACUCUUACCAAGUACAUGGCUAAUUUCCUCUGGGGACAAAAGGAGGGUGCACAAAAAUAUCACUGGAUAAGGUGGAGCGAACUUACAAAACCUGAGAAAGAGGGGGGUCUUGGAAUCAAAAGCUUAGAAGACCAACAUCAAGUGUACACUCUCAAGCUCUGGUGGAAGGCAAGAACUGAUGUGGGCAUAUGGGGACCAUUCGUGAGAGCAAAAUAUAUGAAAACAGGAAACAUAAAGGAGAAGAUCACUGACUCUCCCACCUGGAAGAGAAUUNAGCAUCCCAUGUAUGGAACAAGCUUGCAAUAAUGGCCAAUGGACCUAGCGUGAAGAAGGACACCACACUGCGCCAACAUCUCCUUGCAUGGUGGUUCGGAAGCAACACCAAACACUUCAAAGGAACCCUUCGUCUCAUCUUACCAGGACUUUGCACCUGGUCCCUUUGGAAGGCACGUAACUCCAGCAUCCACAACGCAUCGAACCCAACGGCAGAGGGAAUUUUUCAAGCAUGCCUCAAAUCCCUACAAGCGUGGGCAUGGAUAAAUAGAAACAAAAAAUGGAUGGUCCAGGA